AGAGAGAGUGUGUGUGUGUGUGUGUGUGUGUGUUGUUAAUGAACUUCAGUCUCUCUCUCGGUAAGGACAGGUUAAGAUCUGUUUUUGUUGGGUUCUUUUUGAAUAAGUUUGUUUUCUCGGAAAAUCAGGAAACAUAAGCUAGGUAAGGACUUGAAUUAAGAUGUGUGUGUUUGAAAGAUUGAAAAAUACUCCCCAUGAUAAAAAAAAGACUUUUUUUAUUUUCUAUGUGCGUGUUUUUUUUUUUUUUUUUUUUUAAAGCGAGUUUAUUCCUUUUAUUAGUUGCAUUUCUAGAACAGCUUGAAAUCUUAAUAAUUUUUUAAUACACUUAUUCAUUGGCAUAUCUUGGAAUAAUUUUUUUUGAUAGAAUAAAGGAACAAAAUGUGUGUGUGUGUGUAUAUAUAUAUAUGUAUAUGUGUAUGUAUGUAUAUGUAUUUAUUUAUUGUAAUUUAUUGAAAUGUGUUUGUCUAUACAUUUCUAUUGCUUUUAUGUAUUAAUUAACCUUUUUAAUGGUUGUUUCCUUUCAUUUCGGGAGGCAUGCUAUUGUCAUAUAAUAAUAAUAAUAAUAAUAAUAAUAAUAAAAUAUAAGACAAGAAAAGAAAAUGCUGUAUAAACAGUCAUUAGUGACAGAAGCAGUCUUCAGCAGCACAGAUAUAUUUCUAGAAAUAGAAUAAUACAAUAAUACACUGUAUGAGUCAAAAAUAGUAAGUAAAGAGAAUUUUUCAUGAAGAUAUUUUGUAAAUUUCCUACUGUCUGUGUGUGUAUAUAUAUAUAUCACACACACACACAACUUUUAAAGGAGAUUUUCUCAGUAUUUAGAUGUCUAUUCCCUCAGAUUCCUGAUUUAUUCAAGUAUCACCUGAUCCUAACAAAAUAAUACAUCGAUGGAAAGCUUCUUUAUUCAGCUGUAACAUGACCUCAGAUAUGAAAAAUGAGCUCUUGAGACUUCUUGAGACGGAGUCCAGUGGUUCAGGGUCAGGUGUUGAUCUCUCAGGCGGUGGGAUGCGCAGCUGGAGGUGGUCCGUCUCCGGGGUCAUGCGUCUCCUGCUGCGCUGGUUCAGGGUCUGUCCUCGUCGAGGAAGGAGAAGGCGCUCAAACAGAAUCCAGGAUCUGUGGAGCUACGGGAGGCUGCUGCUGAAGUCUCUGUACUUCAACGUCCUGACGAGCUCGGACACGGCGCUGGACUGUGUGUUUGAGCCCAUCUACUGGCUGGUGGACAGCAUGACCCGCUGGUUUGGAGUGGUGUUCGUGUCUCUGGUGAUGCUGUUGACCGGCUCUGUGGUGAUCAUCGUGUAUCUGUGUGUGCUGCCCAUCAUCUUCAGCUCAUACCCCGUUCACUGGAUCCUCUGGCACCUCUUUUAUGGACACUGGAACCUCCUCAUGAUCGUCUUCCAUUACUAUAAAGCUACAACCACAUGUCCGGGUUUCCCCCCGCAGGAGAAGCGUGAUAUCCCCACGGUUACUGUCUGCAAAAAGUGCAUCGUUCCCAAACCGGCCAGAACUCAUCACUGCAGCAUCUGCAACAGGUGUAUUCUGAGAAUGGACCAUCACUGUCCUUGGCUGAAUAACUGCGUGGGUCACUUCAACCACCGGUACUUCUUCAGCUUCUGUCUGUUCAUGAGCAUGGGCUGCAUCUACUGCAGCAUCAGCAGCAGAGACAUGUUUCUGGAGGCGUACGACGCCAUCGAGUCAGGCAGGUAUGUGGGCGGAGACUCGCCGGGGGAGGCGGUCCUGGGGGCGGGGCUAAUCUAUAUCCAGCUUUCACAGCAGAGCUCGUAUCAGACUCCUGCCCCGACCUUCACUCAUCAGCAGAGGAUGAUUCAUAAGAGUCUGGUCUAUCUGUGGGUGCUGACCAGCUCCGUGUCUGUAGCUCUGGGAGCUCUGACUCUGUGGCACGCAGCGCUCAUCACUCGAGGUCAGACCAGUGUGGAGAGACACAUCAACCGUAAAGAAACAAAACGCCUCAGACUCAAGGGAAGAAUCUUUCGUAACCCGUAUCAUCACGGAAAAAUGAACAACUGGAAAAUAUUUUUUGGUGUUGAGAAGCAGAGUGACUGGUUCACUCGAGUGCUGCUGCCCUCCACUCAUCCUCCUCACGGGGACGGCCUGACCUGGGACGGUCCCGCUUACAGAAACAACACCCUGCUCAUCUGAUCAGAUCCCGAGGAGUGUGUUCAGAGUGGGUGCCAAAGACUUGAUGUGAAGGGUUUCGGUGACGUCUGUGGAAACUCUGGAGUACUUCCUUCUGAUGGUGACCUUCAUGAAACGAUUCGAAUGUCCAGACAUCUCCAAAGUGGUCCACGCAUUUUAUUAAAACAAAGUUUGUUUAUAUUCUUUUGCAAAUGUUUUCUAAUGAACUAAAUACGUCUGCAGUUUUAAUAUGGACUCAAAGUAUUCGAGCACUGAGGGGAACAAGUGGCGUGCUAAAUAUUUUAUAAUCAGAUUUUCCUCAAUAUUACGAGCAGAAAAACUGAACAUCUGAUAUUUAAUAAACCCCAUUUGUUUUAAUGAAUCUUGUGCAAGUAAUAAUAUGGUCAAAUGUUGUAAGUUUUAUUAUAGACUGCGUGUAAAUGUAUAUUUAUUUAUUUUUUCAUAUCAUAAAUUAGUUUGAAUUGAAGCCCGAACCCAAGGAUUUAAGAAUAGUGGAAAAUAAGAAGUCUUGUUUGUUAACAUCAGGUAAUGUAUUAGCUCACAUUAACACUGAACACAUAAAUACAUUGAACUAUAUAUAUUUUAAUGCAUUUAUUAAUCAUUGUUACUGUAAGUUAAUAGAUACAGUUAACAGUAUGUUAAUAGACACAACUACUCAUUCUAAAAGACUAAUAGUAAAUGUUAACUAAUCUCCAAUUGAGUUUUUCUGAAAAUAUGCAAAAUUAUAUUUUGCCGUUUCAGUGAUUUAAGGAUCAUAUGAAGGUUAUUUCAGCACAUACUGUAGAUAUACUGUCAUCAUGUGAAAUAUGGAGCAAUAAAACAGCGCUGGGAAACUAGGACAUAAAGGAUAUUACCACUGUUUGUAUCUUUACUUUUUAAACAUAUAUUAUGUUUGGCUUUAAUAUUCUUUUGUCUUUGAAGAGCAAUAUUAUUUGUGUUAAUGUGCUGUUACUGUGUUUUUGACCUAGUUUUUAAACUCUUGUUUUUAACGUUGUUUGAAAGUCUGGUUUUUUGAUUAAAAACCCAUGAGGAAGUUCUUUAUCAA